UGGUCGGGCUGGGGCGGCAACGUGCUCAACAACCGGUGGGCGGCGCAGAACAGGAUCGUCUCGUCGGCCAAUAUCCCUUCCAUCGCCGACCACUGCACACUGGACUUUCCCGUCGGCGUCAGCGCCACCCCCGUCGUCUCGGGUGGUGCCGUCUUCUUUCCCACGUGGGAUGGCGCCUUCGUGGCCCUCGACUACGGCUCGUGCCGCGUGCUGUGGAGGGUCAACGUGACGGCCAUCAUCUACGGCUUCGCAACCCCGUCGGCCUUCCAGGCCCAGAACACCAGGCCCAUAUCCCGCACCAGCCCGCAGAUUGACGGCAACGUCGUCUACUUUGGCACCCUGACCCAUGCCCUGGUCGUCGCCGUCGACAAGGCCACCGGCCGCACCCUCGGCACGGUCCAGAUCAACCCGCACCCACUGGCCAUCGUCACCAUGUCGCCCACUUUCUUCGACGGCAAGCUGCUCGUCGGUGCCUCGAGUACUGAGGAGAACGUGCCGCUGAUCCCGGGCUACCACUGCUGCUCCUUCGCCGGCAACAUGGUGGCGCUGGCCUUUAACUCAGCCGCGCGCCGCUUCCGUGUCGUGUGGGACGUGCCAUCCAUCCCCCCGGCGCGCCAGCGCGAGGGCUGGGCCGGCGCCGCCUUCUGGGGCAGCCAGCCGGCCAUCGACGCAGGGCGCCGCCUGGCAUUCGUGGGCACGGGCAACGCCUACGCGGCAUCCAACGCGACGGUGCGGUGCCAGCUCGCCGCCGUGCCGCCCGACGUGCCCUACGUGUCCAACAACGACUCGUGCCUGCCGUCCGACGUGUGGCAGGACUCAGUGCUCGCCAUCAACGUCGACACCGGCCGCGUCAAGUGGGUCCACCAGCGCUACGGCGUCGACAUCUUCACCGCGGCCUGCGGCUACCCGGGCUUCGGCCCCCAAGACCCCGUCCUGUGCCCCGGCGUGCCCGGCCCUGACGCCGACUUUGGCAUGGCGCCCACCUUCGUCCCCGGCGCUCCCGGCGCUGCUGCAAAAGACAAGGUCGUGGUGGGCCGCAAGAACGGCGACCUGUACGCGCUGUCGGCGCUCGACGGCCGCGUGCUGUGGGCCACGUCGACCGGCCCCGGCGGCAUCACGGGCGGGCUGAGCUGGGGCAUCGCCGUCGACGACAGCCGCGCCUACUUCACCGUCAUCAAUUCCAACUACAAGACGUGGCGGCUGUCCCCGUCGGGCCCCACCACGGACCGCAGCGCCUACGGCGCCGUGUCGCUGGCCACGGGCGCCAUCCUGUGGCAGACGCCCGUCCCGGGCGCCGGCGCCCUCUCGCUCGGCCCGCCCACCGUCGUCGGC